AUAAUUGUCGUUAAAAUGAGUCAUCUUUGUAAAAUAUAUAAUUAUAUGAGAUAUCUAAAUAAAUCAAUAAAAAUUCACAAGAAACUUUUUACACAAGUAAUCUGUGAUGGGACUGCACCAUGCAGUAAUGUACAUUACAUUAAUGUGUCAGUUUGGAAUUACACAAUUUGUAAACGAUUUUACUGUCAAACUGUUAUUCAGAAUGACAACAUUUUGUCGAAUUCUAAUAAUCAGAAUAUUAACGAGCAGCAAAAACUCGAUGAGUUUCUAUCCAAUCCUGAUAACAAAAAAAUAUUUCAAAUAUUAGAAUUAGAAGUAGAUGUUUUACGACAUAAUGCUGAACAAGUUCCUGAAAAUAUAAAACCAAUGCAUUGGUUGGAACUGUUAGAUAUAUCAAGCAAAUCAGGAAGAAAGAAGUAUCUUCGUUAUUUAUUUACUAAUGAAAAAUCAAGGGAAAAGAAAAAAGCAAAGAUGCUGCAGCAAAAAACUGAAAAACAAGCAAUAAAGGAAGAAGAAGAGGAAGAAGAAGAUACAAAAGAGAUAAAAUAUGGUCUUGCAUAUAAUUCAAUGUUUCUGCGUAUAUAUCGACAAACUAUGCAUAACUACUAUAAUUCUAAAUUAAUUUGGGCUAUGAUGUUCGAACCUAAAAUUGUGUUUGAUUGUGGCUAUGAAAAUUUUAUGACUAAUAUUGAAAAUCACAAUUGCGCCAAGCAACUGACUCUUGCAUUUGCUGCCAAUCGUAUUCAUGAUAAUCCUAUGUUUCUUUACUAUUGUAAUCUAAAUGAAGGAUCACUCAGAAAUUAUUUUCUUCGCAAUAUGCCCAAUUUAUUGGACAAAGAUUUUCCAGCUGUUGUAACAUCUCAAUCUUACUUGGAUUUGUUUCCAAAGGACCAAUUAGUGUAUCUUACUCCACAUUGUAAAACAAAUUUGGUCGAAUAUGAUUCUGAUAUGGUAUACAUUAUAGGUGCAAUGGUAGAUAAAUCAAAACCACAACCUUUAUCUUUGGCAAAAGCUAAGAAAGAAGACAUUCGUAUGGCAAGACUGCCGAUAGAGAAAUAUCUCGAUUGGGGCUCUGGUUCAACAAAGAAUUUUACAGUUAAUCAAAUACUUUCUAUAAUAUUAGAUUUGAGACACACGAGAAGUUGGGAGCAAGCAUUUCGGCAUGUGCCAGUUAGAAAAUUGAAAGAGACCAGAGAAUAUUUGUUAAAGAGGAAAAUAUAUUUGCAGUCCAAAUUCUUGGAAAAAAUUAAAAACAAAGAACAAACAGAUGAGAAUCAAGCUCUAAUGAGAUCACCUAAUGCAACAAAUUUCACAUUUUCCGUCAGGAAGAAAAUAUAAAGAUGCAAGAUAGAAGGUAUUUGUCAAUUGCUGUAUGUAUCAAAAAUAUAUUUAAAAAUAUAAUAAUAC